CCGCGGCUGCCUUCUUCAUUUCCUUUUCAUUCAAGAUGGCGGGUGACGAGUCUGGAACAACGCUGGGUCAGCCUCAUCUGGCCAAACAAGACCUCGCGGCUCUGAAUGUGUCCAGCCUGACGCCUCUGUCUCCAGAGAUCAUCAGCAGACAGGCCACCAUCAAUAUCGGGACCAUCGGUCACGUGGCCCAUGGGAAGUCCACAGUGGUGAAGGCCAUCUCUGGGGUCCACACCGUCAGGUUCAAGAAUGAACUGGAGAGGAACAUCACCAUCAAGUUAGGAUACGCUAACGCUAAGAUCUAUAAACUAGAUGACCCCAGCUGCCCCAGGCCCGAGUGCUACAGGUCGUGCGGCAGCAGCACUCCAGAUGAGUUCCCCACAGACCUCCCCAGCACCAAGGGCAACUUCAAACUGGUCAGACAUGUGUCAUUUGUGGACUGUCCUGGUCACGACAUCUUGAUGGCGACUAUGUUGAACGGAGCAGCUGUCAUGGACGCAGCCCUCCUGCUGAUCGCGGGCAACGAGUCGUGUCCUCAGCCCCAGACGUCCGAGCACCUGGCAGCCAUAGAGAUCAUGAAGCUGAAGCACAUCCUCAUCCUGCAGAACAAGAUCGACCUGGUGAAGGAGAGUCAGGCCAAAGAGCAGUACGAGCAGAUCCUGGCCUUUGUACAGGGCACCGUGGCAGAGGGAGCUCCCAUCAUUCCCAUCUCAGCCCAGCUGAAGUACAACAUCGAGGUGGUUUGUGAGUACAUCGUCAAGAAGAUCCCAGUGCCCAUCAGAGACUUCACGUCCGAGCCCAGACUCAUCGUCAUCAGAUCCUUUGAUGUGAACAAACCCGGCUGUGAAGUAGAUGACCUGAAAGGGGGCGUGGCCGGAGGAAGUAUCCUCAAGGGCGUGCUCAAGGUGGGGCAGGAGAUCGAGGUGCGACCAGGGAUCGUGUCCAAGGACCAGGAGGGAAAGCUGAUGUGCAAACCCAUCUUCUCCAAGAUCGUGUCUCUGUUCGCCGAGCACAACGACCUCCAGUACGCUGCGCCCGGGGGCCUGAUCGGAGUCGGCACGAAGAUCGACCCGACGCUGUGCCGGGCCGAUCGGAUGGUGGGUCAGGUGCUCGGAGCCGUCGGAGCGCUGCCAGAGAUCUUCACCGAGCUGGAGAUCUCCUACUUCCUGCUCAGGAGGCUGCUGGGAGUCCGCACAGAGGGAGACAAGAAGGCUGCCAAGGUCCAGAAGCUGUCGAAGAACGAGGUGCUGAUGGUGAACAUCGGCUCCUUGUCGACAGGCGGCCGUGUCAGCGCCGUCAAAGCUGAUCUGGCAAAGAUCGUCCUCACCAACCCGGUGUGCACAGAGGUCGGAGAGAAGAUCGCUCUGAGCCGACGGGUGGAGAAACACUGGCGUCUGAUUGGCUGGGGGCAGAUCAGAAGGGGCGUGACCAUCACACCCACAGUGGACGAUGACUGAGGAGCAGGAACACCCCCCCCCCGUCAGCAGGACAACAACCAUCUCCUCUUCUUGGCUUUUCUUUUUGGUUUUAGUUUCCCCCACACGGAGGAAGGGGACAGAGUGAGGACAUGUCGGUGGUUUAAAGACGCCUCCUCGCUCUGCUCUUCUUUCUCUGCAGACACGUGAGAGCCUCACAGUAGGUUCCUGUUUACUCUGCAGGUGACGGAGGAGGAGCCGAGGAGCUUUAGACUGAUUCAGUGCAGAGAUGUUUCUGUACUGUCCACAGAUUCCACUAAUAAAACACAUUUGGAAGAAA